UACAAUUGUGAAUGCCGAGAAGACCUUGAGUCUUCGCUUUGGAAAAGCUUUCGUCUUUGCUGGCUCAUCUGAAGGAGAAGAUAUAGCAAUUGAGAAGGAGUAAGUGAUCUGGGGGGGUUUGGUUUCCGAAUCUGUUCCAGAGCAACCGUCGUGAAAAAUGGCGUCGCAAGAUCACAUGGACAAGAUGCAGCUCCGUCAGAACUAUCGCAAUCUAUGGCACACUGAUCUCAUGAGCACCAUCCAAGCUGAUACUCCUUAUUGCUGUUUUGCGUUGUGGUGUGGACCGUGUGUAUCAUAUUUGCUUCGAAAACGAGCUCUUUACAAUGAUAUGUCAAGGUAUACAUGCUGUGCUGGUUAUAUGCCCUGCAGUGGUCGAUGUGGAGAAAGUAAAUGCCCCGAAGUGUGCCUUGCGACUGAGGUUUUUCUUUGCUUUGGAAAUUCAGUGGCUUCAACUCGCUUCUUGUUGCAAGAUGAGUUCAACAUACAAACAACACGAUGUGAUAACUGCAUUAUUGGUUUCAUGUUCUGUCUCCAACAACUUGCUUGCAUAUUCUCCAUAAUUGCAAUGAUUGUUGGAAGUGAGGAGAUCCAGGAGGCGUCCCAGUUACUAUCUUGCUUGUCUGAUAUGGUCUACUGCACGGUUUGUGCCUGUAUGCAGACGCAACACAAGGUUGAGAUGGACAAGAGAGACGGGAAAUUUGGUCCUCAACCGAUGUCAGUUCCUCCAGUUCAGCAAAUGUCACGGCUUGAUCAGCCGUACCCACCCAACGUUGGAUAUCCUGCGCCAGCAUAUGGUCAGCCUUAUGCUCAACCACCACCUCAAGCUCAGGGUUAUCCAGCUUCUGGCUAUCCACCAGCUGGCUAUCCUCCUGCUGGUUAUCCCCCAGCUGGCUAUCCAAAGUAAUCAUUUUGGCCAAUCUGGGUUGGAAAUAUACCUUCAUUAUCUUGUCAUCAGACAGUUGUAAGUCAUCUAGAUUACAAUCUUGGAGCAUUAAAAUGUAUUGAACAAUGUGUGGUGAGUUUUUGUGUAGAUUCAUAUCUCCGAACAUGUUUAUGUGGGUUUUGUAAUUUGUUCUGGAUAUAUACAAUUAAUUAAUGUGUGAUUGCAUA